AUGGGUAUUUACAACCCUUCGGACUCAAAUAACAUCGAGUCUUUGGUCGCCAAAGAAGAGAAACCAUUGAAUACCUCCGCAUUGAGCGCCAUCAAUGACUCUUUCGAGUCACUGCUAUCUUCUGCAAACAAUUUGACCUCUUCUUCUGUUUCCAAUCUCCUUGAUUGGUCUAGCAAGUAUUUGGGAGAUUCGGGCCACGACUUCCACGACAACCUCGUUAACGCUGUGGACCAAGUGUUCGACAUGUUCCCGCUGUUUAACGAGUCUCCUUUUGGGUCUUUUGGUCGCCGGUUCAAGAAUCAGGAGACUCCUUACGGUCUCUGGGCCUACCCGAUUCCAUCUGCCAAGUUAUACGCAAGAUGCCAGGAGAUGAACGGUUUGUCUGUGUGGGAUGCCAACGGGGCAUGGAGAUGUUUGUUCCCAAGGGCCAGCAUUCCCGACGACUUUGGUUCGGCAUUGGCAAGGGAAGACGUGGAGAACGACUCGUCUCACCAGAAAGGUUUGUUUUUCCAGCAAUACACUGACUAUCUCGGCUUCAAGGUUAAGAUGACGGAACUUGCCAACAAGAAGCGCAAGGAAGAAUGGGAGAAGUUCAAAGAAGAGCAGAAGUCAAAAUGGGACUUCUAUAAAGACGAUAAGAAGUGGGGAGACAGUCCUAAUUUUACAGGGUCAAGUACAUCGACUACGAUCCGCACGUUGGAUGAUGGCGACGUGGAAAAGGUUACUGUCAUGAAACAGUUCUUUAGCGACGGAUCCAGCACGGUCAAAGAAACAAAAGAGAUUCUCAACAGUGCUGGUGAGCGCAAGACCAUUGAUGAGAACUGUCAGAAACUUCCAAAUCAGAAGAAAUCAGGCUGGUUUUGGGAUAACGAGAAAUGAAUUGCUUAAUUAUACCAUUUUUAGGAUAGGCGUUGUGAAUAGGUAUUGAAUACACUUAACUUUGUUAACCAAAUGCCACGAUGUUGCAGUAACUGACGAUGAGCUCGUCACCCACGCGGAAAAUAUUAUACAGAUUCUCGAGUUCCUCGUCGGGAUUGGGACUGACCGAGUUAUUGAGGUAGCAGUACACUUUUUUGCCUAGCUUGAGUUCAAGAAAUCGCAAGAUGGAAGAAAAUUUGGAGCUUUUACUGAUCUUGAAAACGGCAGGGCUGACUUGGUCCACAGACCCUAUUGACUUGAAGCGGAUUUGUAUUUUGGAUUCGGUCGGUUUGGACACCGAGAGCACAGCCGAAGUGGUUUUUGCUGGCAGUUUAGAGAGCAUCAUACUCUGGUUGAGGGUAAUCUUUGUUUUUUGCGGGUCAUUCUUGAUCGUUGUUUCGUCGUCAAGCACCUCUUCCUUAGUAUCUGUUACCUGAUUCUGUUCUUCAGCAAUGGUCUGAGGUAUGUCUGUCGUCCCUACUUUUAUAUUGAGCUCCAUCAAGGAGCUCGCAAGAUCUUUGUCGCUCAU